AUGGAGGAUUCGGGCAUCCAGAGAGGCAUCUGGGAUGGAGAUGCCAAAGCUGUCCAACAAUGUCUGACAGAUAUUUUUACCAGCGUUUACACCACCUGCGACAUCCCUGAGAAUGCUAUAUUCGGUCCCUGCAUCCUGAGCCAUACUUCCCUGUACGACAGCAUAGCUUUCAUAGCUCUGAAGUCCACCGACAAGAGAACGGUCCCUUAUAUCUUCCGGGUAGACACCUCAGCGGCGAAUGGUUCCUCAGAAGGUCUGAUGUGGCUGCGUUUGGUCCAAUCAGCCAGAGAUAAAGAAGAGCAGAACCUUGAAGCCUACAUAAAAAACGGACAGCUGUUUUACCGCUCUCUCCGCAGGAUUGCCAAAGAUGAGGAGUUAUUAGUUUGGUACGGGAAAGAACUGACUGAGUUACUCUUGCUCUGCCCCUCUAGAUCCCACAGCAAAAUGAAUGGGUCGUCCCCUUACACAUGCCUGGAAUGCAGCCAACGUUUCCAGUUUGAGUUUCCCUAUGUGGCGCAUCUGCGCUUCCGCUGCCCCAAGAGACUUCACAGCGUUGAUGUGAGCCCCCGAGAGGAGCAAGGCAGCGGCGUGGGCACCAAGGAUCACGGGGGCGGCGGCAAGGACCAGCAGCCGCCGCAGCCGCAGGAGGCACCCUUGGGUCCCAGCCCCAAGUUCUGCAAAGCCGGCCCGGUCCACCACUACCCGGCCCCCUCCCCCGAGGGCGGUAACCCGCCUGCGGCUGGCGGCGGCGGCGGCAGCGCGAAGCCGUCCACGGACUUUCACAACCUGGCGCGGGAGCUGGAGAACUCCGGGGGAGCCAGCAGCUGCUCCCCAGUGCGGAGCCUCAGCGGCUGCAGCGACCACCAGGGGGCGGAGCUGAGUCCCGACGGCAACGCCGCGGGCGUGGGCAAAGGGAAGAGGAAAUUCCCGGAGGAGGCGGCGGAGGGCGGCGGUGGCGGCGCGGGGCUGGUUGGGGGCCGGGGCCGCUUCGCCGAGCGGCCCCCGCCCGCCUCCAAGGAGGACCUGGUGUGCACGCCCCAACAGUACCGCGCCUCGGGCAGCUACUUCGGCCUGGAAGAGAACAGCCGCCUCUUCGCGCCGCCCAGCCCGGAGACAGGCGAGGCGAAGCGCAGCGCCUUCGUGGAGGUGAAGAAGGCGGCCCGAGCGGCCGGUGUGCAGGAGGAGGCGGCCGCCGACGGCGGGAGCACGGUCGCCGAGGAGCAGGACGCGGGCGGCGGCGGCUCCGCCACGCCCGUGGCCGCGUCGCCGGCUGGCUCCGAGAAGCUGCUGGCCCCGCGGCCCGGGGGAGCGCUACCCAGCCGGCUGGAGGGCGGCAGCCCGGCGCGGGGUAGCGCCUUCACCUCGGUGCAGCAGCUGGGCGGCGCGGGCGGCAACGGCGCAGGGGGCGGUGCAGGCGCUGGGGCCGCGGGCGGGGCGGGCGGCGGCCAGGGCGCCGCGUCGGACGAGCGCAAAAGCGCCUUCUCGCAGCCGGCGCGCUCCUUCUCUCAGCUGUCCCCGCUGGUGCUGGGCCAGAAGCUGAGCGCGCUCGAGCCCUGCCACCCCGGAGACGGUGUGGGCCCCACCAGACUGUACCCCGCCGCCUCCGAUCCUCUGGCCGUGAAGCUCCAAGGAGCUGCGGACCUGAACGGAGGUUGCGGGUCCCUGCCGAGCGGCGGUGGCGGCGGCGGCGGCGGGCUGCCCAAACAGAGCCCCUUCCUCUACGCCACCGCCUUCUGGCCCAAGAGCUCCGCCGCCGCGGCGGCCGCGGCGGCUGCGGCCGCGGGGCCCCUGCAGUUGCAGCUGCCCUCGGCGCUCACGCUGCUGCCGCCCUCCUUCACCUCUCUGUGUCUGCCCGCGCAGAACUGGUGCGCCAAGUGCAAUGCCUCCUUCCGCAUGACCUCCGACCUGGUGUACCACAUGAGGUCGCAUCACAAAAAGGAGUACGCCAUGGAGCCCUUGGUGAAACGAAGACGGGAGGAGAAACUCAAGUGCCCCAUUUGCAACGAGUCCUUCAGGGAGCGCCACCACCUCUCCAGGCACAUGACCUCGCAUAAUUGACACGGAAAGGACUCCAGCUUUCCACGCGCGCACACGCACAGUCGAGCUCUGCAGGAGCAAACACACGAGGACAUCCACCACCUCCUUGUGACCUGAAACAUCUCACCCACCCACCCCCACACACACGUGCUCUGCCCCCAACCUUUACAUCCAAGUGUUUACCCGUGACCUACACACACACACACACAAACACACACACGAGACAAGAUGGUGGAUUUUUGAUUGGGUGGGGUGUUUAAGAGGUUUCUUUUUGAA